AAAGCACGAUAAUGUGUCCACCAGUGACAACAUAAAAGUUGACUUCACUGGAUCAAAGUUUAAAACAACGUUGUAACAAUGUUCCGAAGUUUUGUCUUUGUCGUUCUGUGUCUGUGUGUUGCCUCUGGCGAAGAAUCGUGCGACCGAAGUGAAAUGGAAAAUACAAUUUGCAGUCUUUGCAGUCAACGAAGAGGCGGGCAGUUACUUGAAUCAGGACAUCAGGUUGCCUUUUUUGCCUACAUGUCGCAAAGUAUUCAGAUAAAUGCCAUUUCCAAAUACAUGACUUUUGUCUACGAUCGAGUUGAAACAAAUGUUGGAAACGGAUAUGAUGUACGAUCUGGCAACUUUACAGCUCCAGAAAACGGGGUCUACGUUUUCCAUACCAGCACAACUUCGUAUGACAAAUCUGUAUGCUCGGUAGAAGUUGUUAAGAAUGGCCAGAUUAAAGAUAUCACUUUAGCUGACUCAGGACAACAUGAUGACAGAGCUGUUGCUUCCUCAAUGACUAUUCUCAGUUUGACGAAAGGAGACAUCGUUUUAGCCCGAGUUGGCACAGCGCAAUCUGGAAAUUAUCUGGAAAGUAAUCAAUAUACCAGAAUGAGCUUCUCCGGAUUUAAACUGGCAUAAGGGAUAAUAGUACAUUUACAAAUAUAAUUCAUGUACAUGUAUGUAUGUGAAAUUAGUUUUAUUUAAUGAAUUAUUAUGCUUUUUACUUCUACUUAAAAAUUCACUGAAUUAUUAUCAAUUUGAAACAUUCAUUUAAAA